AUGGAACAAGGAAAUGUUCAUUCUGUUCUUUUCGAAAAAUCAGAUAUGUACAACUAUAAUACACCAGAAGAUUUACAGUUUUACACAACCAACUAUGGAGAUCCCAAUACUUAUACAGCACAAGUAAAUACAGGGUAUUUUGGACAACCAACUACUCAAGCCUAUAUGCAUCACAAUGAAUUUCAUACUAGUGGAAAUUUUUGGAGCGCAUUUGGCACGGGUGGAUUUGCUGACGAACCGCCCUUAUUAGAAGUGUUGAAUCCACUUAAAACAAUCGAUAAGCACCUAAUGGAUGAUACUGAUUUAGCAGGACCACUUAUAUAUUGUUUAAUAUUUGGUGUUUCUUUAUUACUGACAGGGAAAGCACACUUUGGAUACAUUUAUGGUGUGGCACUUCUUGGAUGGUUAUCUAUUUAUUUAAUAUUGAAUCUUAUGAGUGAUUUAGGAAUAGAUGUAUAUCGUACAGCAAGUGUAUUAGGUUAUUGUCUAUUGCCUUUAACAUUAUUAAGUUGUAUUGGCAUUGUGGGCCUAUUGGAAUUGUGGCUUCAACGCUUGCAAUAA